CAACUCGGAUUCGGGUUCUGUAGCCCUACAAAGUCUCCUUCUCGCCGCCCUCGGUCGUCCUCUCUGUCUCACUCGCUCUCCUUCGCGCUGAGCGGGUGAGGUCAGUCCAAUUCUCGCCCUCGAGCUAAAAAACACAGUGGUAGGUUAAAACUGGUUUUGUGAUGUCCAAGAAGAUAAAUAAUUUGCAGUUUAAUGGGUGAAGCUGACGAGAUAUGAUUUGCUGCUGCAUUUAAAGCUUGAGGAUGUGUUGUUUUUGCAAUUUGUAGCACAAGAUUGCGGGUGAAGAGUUUGGUUUUGGUGCUUGGGUUUGCUAUUCUACUUGUCCAUGUCUUAUCUGAUUGAGUUGAGAAGCAGACUCAGCUGUUUGCCAAGAUUUCGUGGCGUCAGUGUCUUCUGAGUAGCCGAGAAUAUUUGAAAUUUGAUUUUGGUCAUGGUUUCUGAAGGUGACUUGAUUACUAUACAAAAUGCACCUCCUCAAUUCUUUCACCUGGCAGAUAUGCCUGUUGCUGAAAAGGUAGCACUGAAGAAGAAGUUGAAGACUGAACUUGCCCAAGUGAGAUCCGCAAUUGAAAAUGUCAUAGUAGAUUGUGAAAAACGAUUGUCUCAAAAACAUUCUGCUGUUGUGGAAGAUCAUGUAGCUGUCCUUGAAAAUGGUGGUUCUGGUAAGACUGUUGAAUCUGUCAAUUCCUUUUCUGAUUCCGACAGCCAGCUGUUCUUGACGAGUGAGAAUGAUCAGGCUUCGAUUAAUAGGAAAAGGAAAACGCCUGACAUGAACAAAGAUCAAAAUGAUACUGAUAAUUGUUCUAAUAAUGAAGAGAUCAUGCUCACUGAGAAGUCUGAACCAGCAUCCACUGUGACUGGUGGUUGUAAAGGAAAUACCCUGGGAAAGGUGGACAGUCAAAAUGGAAAGGGUGAGAACAUGGAUAUUACUAAGAUGAGGGAGUGUGCUAGUAUCCUGAGGAAACUGAUGAAUCAUUCUUUUGGUCGGGUCUUCAACCAACCUGUAGAUCCAGUGAAGUUAAACAUUCCAGAUUAUUUUUCAAUUAUCUGCAGACCUAUGGACCUAGGCACUGUAAAGAAUAAACUUGCAAGCAAGCAGUACUUGAGCACUCAUCAGUUUGCUGCAGAUGUAAAACUUACAUUCUCCAACGCAAUGCGAUAUAAUCCUCCUGGAAAUGAUGUCCAUAUCAUGGCCAACGAAUUAAAUAACAUUUUCAAUUCAGGAUUGAAAUCAUUGGAGGGAAAAUGGAGAAAGGAAAGCUCGUCAUCUUUGCAGCAGUCAGUGAAGAACUUGCAGAAACAAACUCUUGCAUCAAGGCGAGUGGCUCGGGGAAAAACUGUCUGUCGCUUGGAUUCAUUUCCCAGAAGGUCCUUAACAGCAGCUGACAAACUGAAGCUGAGAAAAGAGUUAGCAAAUAUGCCAGUCAGAAAAAUUUCACCACAGUUGCUCAAUUUUCUUCAGAAGAAAGCUUGUUCACUUGGCAAAAUUGAAGACGGAAUCGAGGUGGACAUUGAUAUAUUUGAUGAGGAGGCUCUAUGGGAAUUGCAACAGAUCAUAAGGAGUUCUGUGGAUGUAAGACCUAUUGAUUCUGAACAGGCAAAAAAAUGUGCCAUGCGCCCUUUGCAGGACUCAUGCAAAGGUAAUGGCGGAACUGGACUUAGAUCUGAUGGUGCUGAUGGUAAAGCCCUGUUGAGCCCUUCAGCUUGUAUGACAUGUGCUAAUAUGGAUUGCCACUGCAGUCAUCACAAUGACUUUACUCAAGCUUCAUCUAGUGAUGUGGAGUCUGAAAGAUCUUCAGAUAGAGAGGGUGAUUCAUGCCAUUCCAUUGCAUAUGAUCCGGAUUCUAGGAAGCCUAAAAUUGGUAUGCAGAGGAUUGAACCAAAUUCUGACUCAGAUGGGGUUUCAGUUGUUGACAAAGAUAUUGUUCAAUCUGGUUCUCAUCCUUCUAGUCCAGUUACCACUGCUACAAAAGGGGAGGUUGAUCUUCUUUGUGCAGGGCAGUUAUCACCAACUAAAGCUCUCCGUGCUGCAAUGCUGAAGAGUCGUUUUGCUGACACCAUCCUGAAAGCACAACAGAAAGCACUUCUGACUCAUGGUGAGAAAGUAGAUCCAGCAAAGUUGCAGCGAGAAAGAGAAAAGUUGGAAAAGAAGCAGCGGGAAGAAAAGGCAAGGAUUGAGGCUGAAGUCAAAGCUGCUGAAGCUGCUGCGCGAAUGAAGGCAGAAGCUGAGAUGAAAAUGCAAAGGGAGAGGGAAAGGGAAGCAGCUCGCCUGGCACUACAGAAGAUGGAAAAGACUGUUGAUGUUGAUAAUAGCCAUUUAGUUAAAGAUCUUGAGGACUUCGGAUAUCCACACCACCUUGACAUGCCUGAUGAAGUGGUGGUUAAUUUUGUGGAUGGGUUUGAGCUGCAGACCUAUCUUGCUAAUCCGUUGGAGCAGUUGGGUUUGUUCAUGAAGAACGAAUAUAUGGAUGAGGAAGUUGAUAACUGGAUCUCGGCCACGGACAAUGGUGAUGUGGAAGAGGGAGAGAUAGGUUGUUUGUAGUCAUAUCAAACGUCCUUUGUAAUAUUACCCUAUAUCAACUUGUGGUAAUGGGUGCUUGUAGUUCUGUUGUUCUGUUUCCAGAGGGAUAGGAGGGAAGAACUUCAGUGUGAUAUCUUUUCUUAUUUUACACUGGCUUGUGAUUUGCCAUCACUGGCAGUUGAUGAUGUGGGAUGCACAAUUUGAUAUUGGGGAAUUUUGCAACUGGAUGCUAAAUUAUUGAAAGAGAAAAGAAUGAAUAAAGACGUGUGAUAUUGUGGCACCCUAUUCAAAGGACAAAAA